UCAAGACCUAAAAAUUUUUUAAAACAUCUCUUGUCUCGAAAUAUAUCUCAAUAGUUUACUGGCGAAAAGCAUACUUUCCUUUUCGUUAAAAGUUGUUUCCCUCCCCCCACCCCUCCAAUCCCAGCACCCUUACUGUUUGUUUACAAAUGAAGAACUCUAGCCUGAUGUGCGUGCCACUGUUCGCAAAGCCAUGGAGUGCGACACAGAAUUUCAAUAUAUCGCAAGGAACCAGUGGACGGUUCUUAUAGCUGUUAUUGUCGUUGUAUUUUGGAGCUAUAUCUACUUCGCUUGGCCGUCUGAUCUCCCUUUGCCAGGACCUAAACCAUGGCCUUUCCCGAUCAGUGCGAUCAUUUAUUCCAGAGCGGUGAAGCGUCUUGGUGGAACGCAUGGGCUUCAGUUUGAGUAUUUUAAGAAGUAUGGAAGAGUUUAUAAGAUGUACAGCUCUGGAAGAAUACCAACUAUUUGUGUGAUGGAGCCGGAAAUGAUCAAACAAAUAAUGGUUAAGGAUUUCAUGAAGUUUCGAAAUCGCGGUCUACCACUAACGCUCCCCCCUCCGUUGGAUUCAGAGAUGUUCUUGGCGAAGUACCCGAAGUGGAAGAGAGUUAGGAAAGUGAUAGCACCAGCCUUUAGCGGCUCGAAGCUCAAAGGGACAGUUGGACUGAUCGAGGGAGCAGCAGAGAGAAUGAAUGCUAAGUUAGAGUCCUACUCACAAACUGGUGAGAGUGUUGAGAUGACCGACCUCUUCAGCCUUUGCAUUCUGGAUGUCAUCCUGUCCUCAGCUUUUGGCGUCGACACAAGUGAUUUUCAGACAAGCUCAGAUCACACACUCCUCAACAAAGCUAAAGUCAUUUUCAAUCGACCAUUCCUUAUCGCUAUAAUUGGUGUUCUUCCGUUCGCAAAUUUCCUCUCAAGGUUUGUGGAUGUUGUUGGGAAUGCUGGGUUCUUCAUGGAUCUCGGCUGGAAUAUUAUCCAGCAGAGAGAACGACAGAAAAGCUCUGAUCGUUAUGAUGUUGUACAAAUCAUGAUUGAGGCAAACCAAACAGUAAUUGAUGGUGAAAGUAAACUGAAUGAGAACGAAAUGAGAGCCACUUGCUUGAGUUUCCUGGCUGCAGGCUAUGAGACCACUGCCACCACCCUUAUCAAUGCCAGCUACUUCCUGGCCACCAAUAACCACGUCCAGGAAAAGCUUGCUGAGGAGAUUAAAUCAGCUCUGGAGAAAGAUGGAAAUAUGUCAACUUAUGACUUUGUUCACUCUAUUGAUUACCUGGACUGGGUGAUAAAAGAAGUUCUGCGCCUCUGUCCGCCAGGUCAUCGUCACUUGAGAGAAUGCGAGGAGGAGUGUGUUAUCAAUGGCGUGACGUUUUCCAAGGGCGUGUACGUGCAAAUUCCCACGUACUCGAUCCACCACGACCCUGACGUAUGGCCGGAUCCCUUCACCUUCGACCCUGAGCGCUUUUCACCGGAGCAAGAGAGUACCAGACACCCGUUCACAUACCUUCCAUUCGGGGCAGGACCUCGCCAAUGCGUCGGGAUGCGUUUUGCCAACAUGGUUAUGAAGAUUACACUCGUGCAGAUCCUGGCGGCGGGGUACAGGUUUAGGGUGUCUGAGAAGACCACGCCCCUUGUCCUGAGAUCCUUUGUCCAGUUAAAACCUUUGGCGCCGAUUUACCUGAAGUUUGAAAAAGUUGAAUAGGCAGGUCAUCUAUGAUGUUACAUGCUAUCGUGUGUGCUGGCUGAAGGAUCUACAUAUCAACCGACCAACAUUUCAGCCAUACAGGGAGUUCCCAAGAUACUAAUCAAAGUAGAGGAACGAAUUUUUGGGACAACCUUUUAAACCGUCAGUAGCCUGAAAGCAGGUCCAGAUUACCAAGCUGUCCUCAUUACCGUUGUCUUUGAUAUAGGAUGCUAACUUUGUGUUUUUUUUAAAUAACGUCAUGUAAUAUAAAUAUGAUUUUUAUUCUUAUUUUUAGAUCAACUUAGGGACAAUUAAUAAUAUUGAUAACCAGUUAUUAACAAUUUAAAAAUGAUUUAACUUAAGCGAUGAAAGGAUGGUAAAAAAUGUUUUGUCCAAAGUUGUCCCAAGCUCUUACUAAAGAUAAACUGAAAUAAACACGAAAAUUGUAAACUCUCCCAAAAA